GAAUGGCAGCCUCCACAAAAACGUGAUAUUUACCGUCGGCGAUUGCAUAAGCCACGUAACAAAUACAACCAUUUCUGUAAAACGAAAAUGCGUUUUCUUUUUAGCAAAGCCCAGAUUGUUAGAAUAUGCAGAUUUCAACAAUGGCGGGCGUACAGUCGUGCUGCCCAGGAUGCCGUGCGCAGGCUGAAAGAAGGAGACAAACUUCAUGGCUACACAGUCAACAAGUUAACGGAGAUCCCGGAGCUGUACUUGACGAUGGUUGCACUGCAGCAUGAAGCGACCGGUGCGCAGCACCUACACGCAGCCCGUGACGACGACAACAACACGUUCAGUGUGGCAUUCCGCACGACGCCCCUGGACAGCAGCGGCGUACCACACAUCCUGGAACACACGACUCUGUGCGGUUCAAGGACGUUCCCGGUUCGUGACCCUUUCUUCAAGAUGCUUAGUCGAUCCCUGGCAACAUUUAUGAACGCUUUUACUGCUUACGACUGGACAAUGUACCCGUUUUCUACCCAGAAUCCCCAGGAUUUCCGCAACCUGCUGGCAGUGUACCUGGACGCAGUAUUUUAUCCCACUCUCCGGGAGCUAGAUUUCAGUCAGGAAGGGUGGAGACUGGAGCACAAGGAUCCGCAAGACAAAUCGUCCCCACUGGUCUUCAAGGGAGUGGUCUACAAUGAAAUGAAGGGGGUGUUUUCGAGUUCUCACGACCUGUUUGCACAAGCCGCCCACAACAGCCUGUUGCCGAGUCACACGUACGGGGUGGUCUCGGGGGGUGACCCCGCCCACAUACCCAACCUGACCUGGGAGCAGCUGAAAGAUUUCCACCAGACACAUUACCAUCCCAGCAACUCCAGGUUUUUCACAUACGGCAGUUUUCCACUAGACGAACACCUGAAAUUCAUUAACGAGAAAUACUUGCAGCACUUCAAACAAAUCUCAGUAAACACAGCCGUGCCUUUAGAACCAAGAUGGCCGAAACCGAAAUUAUCCGAGGUAACUUGCCCGCCAGACCCGAUGGCUCCCGACCCUCAGAAGCAGACGACUGUAGCUGUCAGUUUUCUUCUCCAGAACAUCACCGACACGUUUGAAGCAUUCACGAUGAGCAUCAUUGGCGAUCUGCUGGUGAACGGUGAGACGGCUCCCUUCUACCGCUCGCUGCUUGAGGCAAACAUCGGCAGCGGGUACUCUCCAGUGCUGGGGUAUGAUGGACACACAAAGGAAGCCACAUUUUCUGUGGGCCUACAAGGUAUCAAAGAGGAGGAUGUGGACAAAGUACGACAGAUCAUUAAUGAAACAUUCAACACAGUUAUUCAGGAGGGAUUUGAACAGAAGAGGAUUGAUGCAGUUUUACACAAAAUAGAACUGUCUCUCAAACAUCAGACUGGAAACUUUGGACUCGCUCUAGCAGUGGGUGCCAUCUCAACAUGGAUCCAUGACGGCGACCCCAGUCAGCUGCUGCAGAUCAACAAACACGUACAGAUGUUUCAAACCAAACUGAAGGAAAACCCACGGUUCCUGCAAGAAAAAGUCCAGCAGUAUUUUGAGGAGAACUGUCACAACUUAACCUUGACGAUGAAACCGGACGGUGAAUACGAGAAGAAGAGACAGACCGGGGAGGAGGAACGACUCGCGAAUCUCGUCACAAAACUCUCAGAUAUCGACAGAGAGCAGAUAUACACAAGAGGUCAGGAGUUGAUGAAACAGCAGAUGUCGACGGAGGACUUCAGUUGUCUGCCAACGUUACGACUCAGUGACCUUGACCCCAAAAUAAAGCCAGAGGUAGUCAAGACCACCGACUUCAAUGGGUUACCUGUGAUGUACUCAGCACAGCCGACCAAUGAAGUGACAUAUGUCGGGUUUGUGUCCAGCAUCGACGACGUCCCCAGUCACCUCAAGAUGUACGUGCCUCUGUUCUGCAGCAUCAUCACCAAAAUGGGUGCCGGUCCAUACGACUUCAAAUCUCUUUCCCAGGAAAUGGACCUCUACACAGGUGGACUGUCCGCAGCUCCUCACCUGUCUCCUCACCUGGCCACGCCUAACGAGUAUGAACAGGGUGUGUUCUUCCGUUCCAACUGUCUGGAGCAGAAUACGGAGAAGAUGUUGAACUUGUGGUCUCACAUUUUUAAAAGCCCUGAUUUCUCCGACACGAACCGGUUGAAGACGUUGGUCCAGAUGCACGCGAGCGAGCUCGCUAACAGCCUGGCCGCGGCCGGCCACUCCUACGCCAUGACCCACGCUGCGUCAUGCCUCAACGCCGUCAGUCACGCCAGGGAAAACUUCUCCGGGAUUUCACAGGUUUCGUUCAUGAAAAAGAUUGCAGAGUCAUCCGAUUUGACAGAGCUGGUAUCCCAUCUUCAAGAAAUCAGCAAACAUUUGUUAAACAAGAACAGACUGAGAUUGAUGGUGAAUGCGACUCCAGAAGCCAUGGACUCGAUGCUGUCAAUGGUCGACAAAUUCUCACGCGAUCUUCCAGGUUCACCCGCCGUACCGGACGGAUUCCAGUACACACAGGAAAAGUCCUUUACUCCCACAGUUUCAAAAACACAGUUUGAGUUGCCGUUUUCCGUGAACUACAUGAGCAAGAGUUUUCCUUCUGUGCCAUACAGUCACCCAGACUUUCCCGUUUUGAAAGUCCUGGGCAAUUUGCUGUCAAGAAAAUUUCUUCACCGAGAAAUAAGAGAGAAAGGUGGGGCUUAUGGAAGUGGUGCGACAAAUUCUGGUGGAUGUUUUAGCUUUUUCUCCUACAGAGACCCCCGCUCUCUGCAGACGCUGGAAGUGUUUGAUGAGGCCAUCUCGUGGGCCGCGAAUGGAGACUUCACCACCACUGACGUGGAUGAAGCCAAACUUGGAGUCUUCCAACAGACUGAUCGACCAGUACCUCCAGGAAAGGUUGGCAGGUUGUUAUUUCUGGAACACAUCACUGAUGACAUGAGACAGACGUCGCGAGACAAAUUGUUCACCGUCAGUCAAGGAGAUCUCAAAGACGUCACUGAAAGGUAUUUGUUGAAAUCAACUGGCCCAACUGGUGUGUCGUUUCUCGGCCCAGCAAACGAAGCAGUGCAGAAAGACUCAACUUGGAAAGUUCUCAAAGAGUAGUCUCCCUUGAAUAACAGAGUAAUCUCCCUUGAAUGACAAAAUGGUGGACUUGUCACUCAAAUAAUGGAUUUUUAACUAAAAUUGAUAGUAUUUAUCGAUAUGAUGGAUUUUACAAUCCAAAUGAUGAACGUUACACUGGACUGGUGAAUUCAUACUUGAAUAAAGGACCAUUACUAACAAUAUUUGUAAAGAAAGCGAGGUUGCAUACAGCCAUAAAUGAAAGGCAUUUA